AUGCCGUUCGCCUCCUCUGCUGAGGCGUCCAUGUGGAUGCAGAACGCCGUGCGCCUCGACACGGACCAAAAAUACGUGGAGGCGGAGGAAUGCUACACGAAGGCGAUUCUUUUAUUUCGGCAGGCCCUCACGGACCCAAACAUGGCCGACACCGAGCGGUAUGAGCUCAUGAACUACAUGAGCGAUGUGGCAAAGCGCAUACAGCGACUGCGCACGCUGAUUUCCACUGCCCGGGAGACUUGCGAUGCAGCAUACGGGAGCGUGCGCUCGCCUGAACCUAAUGUUUCCCCGGCCAACUCGCGGGGAAGCCAUGUGCCGUCUAACCAGGCAAACAUUCAGGCGCUUCCUCAUGGCUUCGGCGCCGCCGCGACGGCUUUAGGCGCGCGGAACCCACGCGGUAAGGAUAUCAGCAGCACGCCGGCAGGCAUCGACAACAGCUUGGAAAUGCUGGACACAAUUCGCCUCAGCCAGACCGAUCCAUUUCAGGCCAGUGGUUCUAGCCGGCCCACCACGUCGCCUGUGUCAGGCAGGCGCACGUUGUCGGUAUCUUCGAAUUCUCCAUUCCCACCAGCGUUGCCAGGUAAACCACCUGCUGGCAGUGGUGACGUGCCCGACGGUGGCAAGCCAGGCGACAGCUCCGUGGCACCGCCGGCGUGCACGACACCAACGCUACCUGCUUGCUCGCAACGAUUGCUUGGUGUUGCUGCCCACUUUUCCCCUCGUACGUCCGAGAUGGUCUACAAGGCGAUCGAGAUUGCGAUCCAACUUAGUCGGCAAGGGGAGCUCAAGCGGGCGGUGGAUGUGCUGCAGCACGCCUACACGCGGGGCAGCCAUGAGCGCAACAACCCUGGCAACUUCAAGGAGAUUGCCGAGACACUGAAGCUGAUGCGUCAGAAGUACUACGCAAAGCACCCGCCGCGAUUCCUGCAGGACAACCCGAUUCUGCCGAGUGAGAUGGAGCUUCUGCGCAAGAGCGGCAUCACGAGCACGAUCCUGCUCCCGCUCUGGGACGAUGUGCAGGAGGGCUACGGAGCUGAGAAUAUCUUCAUGCCCUGCGAGGGUGUUUGGGAGGACGCUUUCACCCCAAAACUAUGUCAGAAGCAAAUCAACUCUGGCGCCGUCCUCAUGCACUUUUCCGGAUACCAGCAGAGGGGGCUCGACUACACCAUUGUGCGCGAGGCAGAUCCACUGCACAUUCAGCAGAGCGUCGUUGGAGACUGCUCGCUCGUCUGCAGUCUCAUGAUCUGCGCCAGUUAUCAGAAGCGCUUCCCCAAAGCGAAGAUCAUUAGCAACGUCAUCUACCCUCAAGACCCGGAUGGCAACCCGAUCUUGAACCCGAAGGGUAAGUAUUGUGUGAAGAUGCUCAUCAACGGUAUCACUCGCAUCGUCACAGUAGACGAUCGCCUGCCAGUGAGGCCACAGUCGAGGCGCUUCCUCUGCACGAGCAGCACGGAUCCGAGCGAGCUGUGGGUGUCUAUUAUGGAAAAGGCGUUCGUCAAGGUGUGCGGCGGCAGCUACAACUUCCCCGGCAGCGUCAGCUACGCCGACCUGUACAAGUUAAGUGGGUGGUUACCAGACUCGACGGCGUUUGACAAGCCCGAGUUUGACCGUGAGUUUCAGUGGCUACGGCUUUAUCAAAACUUCAAGGCCGGCGCUCUGCUCUUCACCGUCAGCACCCCUGAGGAGAUGCCGACAGCGAAUCAGGCGCUUGGGCUCGCCGCAGGACAUGCAUACGCGGUGCUGGACAUGCAGGAGGUGGACAAGGAGCGCGUCAUGCUGCUGCGCAACCCGUGGGGGAAGCAGGAGUGGAACGGUAAGUACGGUCGCCGUGACACUAGCGAGACAAGCGUCGCCGUCCGCGCUGCCUUUGGUCUGAAGCGAGAAACAGAGGACAUGGGUGUCUUCUGCAUCGCCUACGAUGACGUGGUGCGCUGCUUCGAUAACUGCAGUCUGAGCUGGAACCCAUACAUGCUGUUCCGCACCCCUGAGGGUCGGCCGGUCCGACCUGUGCGCAUUGCGUGCCACGGCACCUUCGACUACACCCUCAGCACGGCGCUGUCGCCGCAGCUGCACAUCGGUGUCGUCGACGCGCCAAAGCGGACGCGCAUGCACCUGAUCUUAUCUCGCCACAUCACCGACGUCUCGGAGUUUGGCCGGCAGUACCAGAAGGACGAUGCCACGACACCGUACCUGGCAUUGAAGGUGUACGACGUGACCGACUACCCCUCUGUAGCGCAGCACCUCGGUGGCAAGUGCACGCUGGAGAUGUGCUACUGCCGCCGCCUCGCCUCCAACUCGGACUUUAAGCAUAGUAUCGAACCUCUCAACGACGUCAUCUACCGUGCCUCGUCUGCGCGCACCUUUAGUUUUGACUGUCCUGCCGGCUCGAGCAACCUGGUGGUGGUGGUAUCGCGGACUGCCUCCAAGGCGCGGCAGCCUUUCAACUUCACGAUUACCCUGCACACAGAGCUGGAGCAGAUGCGGCUGCCGCGGCUGCAAGGCAACUACGACAGCGGAGCUGAGUGCAGUAACUCCCUCCUGGCAAACGCCAACGCCGACGCCGGGAACCCGCACGCUGGUGUGUACAUGCACAUGAUACCGACCUCCUCGCUCAAGUUCACGACGCGACUGUCGGGGAAUUGGGUGAAGGGCAAGACAUGCGGCGGCCGCACCGAUGCCACCACGUACGUCUUCAACCCCCAAUACCGCCUCCAUUUAGAUCAGCCCUCGCACGUGUCACUGAGGCUGGCUGUGACCGAGUGCGAGACGCCGUGCUCGAUUCAGAUGAUCAAGCCAAUGUCAUCCAACAAAUACGAAGAGACCAGCAGCGGUGGGACUACCAAUGGUAAGCUGGUUGACUUCGACGGUCGCGUCGGCAACGGCGCCAAGGCGGGUGAGCUUGUCCUUGAGAGCACCCGCUACGCUUUUGGUGGGGCCGUUCUAGACAGCGCACUACCGUUCUGCGUGUGCUACGACCGCUACCGCUCCCUGGGCAAGCUGCAGUGGAGGGAGACGAAGAAGGUGCUGGUAAACGUGACCGGCCCGAACCGGAAGCCGGAGUCGUUCAUCGUGUAUGACGUGACGGAUACCGACACCGUGGCAGUACUUCUCCUGAAUGCCAUCAAGAAGGGUUAUGCUGCCUCUCCUCGUGGCGCGCACUUUGCCGUGAACGGGAAGCAGAUCAUGCUAGAGGCCAGCAUCGCGUCGCUCUUCCAGCUUGCGUCUUGCCUCGGAGAUGCAUCCCUCGCCUCUGGCGGGGAUGGCGCGACAACCGCGAAAUCUGUUACAGUAGUCCUCGCACUGGACGGCAAGGCAGUCUCGAUUGAGUCUGCGUCAAGCUCUCCUGCGACGAAACUGAAGGAAGUCAUGAGCGACAUUGUUGCUGAUGUGCUUAAGUGCUCGUCGCAGUUCAGUAGCUACGUACCACGUCUGACACACCUUUCCAGGCAGGUAAACAGUAUGCUGACAGAGGCUAGCGACGUGGACGUGCGAGCUUACAUUCUCGAGCUCGCUGCUUACCUUGGUGACUACGUGAAACGGUGCGCCAGUGCGGUGCGAUCUGUGCAGACGCCGCAGACGCUGCUUCCGCUUCUUCCUGCCGGCAAUUACACGGUCAUUCCAUCGUUGUGGGAGAAGGGCAUGCCUGGCAACUUUGAGCUGACAGUGGAGACCACACAGCCACACAAAAUGUCAGCGAUUCCGAAAGAGGGACACAAUAUGCAAGAGACAUUGCUGCGCGGCGCACUACGCCCCGUCGCGGUGUGGCUGAGCAGCUCGCUGAUGCAGCCAAAGACAGUGCUCAGCAGGACAGAUCCGUUCUUUGAGAGCAGCAGGGUGCAGGUGCUGUGCCCUGCCCGCUCCGUCUUCAUGAGUCGUCUCUUUGUCCUCAUGGACGUGGUGGAUGCAGAGGCGAAGGGGCAGCCUGCCAAGGCCCCUGCGACAAACCUCAGCCUUUUCCGUGUGCACAACACGUCUUCGAUGGAGUUGGUGUGUGCCUCCGACGAGUACUCCCACGGGGGCGUGUCGACCCCACCUGUAGAGCUCGAGGCGAAGACGUCGUAUUUGCUCGUGGUAAGCGCGAAGGAAAGCGCGACUGACAAGUUUCUGCUGCGCAUCUACACCAGCGGCACUUGCACCGCGCAUCUGGUGAACUGA